CUUUUUGUGUCAAUCUUCGAACAUGCCAAACAAUGCCUGUCAAUGUUGAUAAGACCAUACACAAAAAUUAACAACUCACGUGUACUGUUCUACACUCAAUUAUAUAUUCAUCACCAAAUCAACCCAACUCAAAAAUAAAGAAAGAAAGCCCAACUUGAUUUCAAAAUCUCAACUAUCUUUCUUCUUUCACCCUCUUCAAUGGCUUCCAAUUCCACUAUCUUUCUAUUCCUCUUCUUCGUCACACCAUUCUUUCAUAACAUUUCAAUCAUCGCGGACACCAAUCUGAUCGAGAAAACGUGCAAAGAUACUAAAUACUACAACCUCUGCGUCUCCUCCCUCAAAUCCAAUCCCACAAGCGCGAAAACAAGAGACGCCAAGGGACUUGCGGCUAUUAUGGUUGGCGUCGGAAUGGCAAAUGCCACGGCCACGUCGAUGUACUUGUCGUCGAAAUUGCUUAGUGCCACUAAUGACACCAAUCUUAGGCAGGUACUAAGAGAUUGUGCAAAUAAGUAUGCUUCUGCCGACGAUGCACUCCAAGCUUCGGUUCAAGAUUUGGCCGUGGAAGGUUAUGAUUAUGCUUACAUGCACGUCAUGGCGGCAGCGGAUUAUCCGAAUGUUUGUCACAAUGGGUUUAGAAGGUAUCCGGGAAUGGCAUACCCGCCGGAGAUUGGUCGGAGAGAAGAUGGAUUGAAGCGUAUUUGUGAAGUAAUUUUGGAGAUUAUUGAAGCUAUUAGCAAUAAUUGGUGACUGGUUAGAUAGUAGUAUGUGCUUUUUAAUAAUGCACACUAUAUUAUUUAUAUGUACAAUCAUUAAUUUUUAGCGAAGUUAUUGUCCUUCUUUUACUCUUUUUAAUUAUGACAUU